GGCGCAGCGAUUCUUUGCAGUCGGAGUGUCGCCGAGUCAAUACCAGCAGCGUCCGCUCCGUCGAAGGCAAAAAGUCAGGAAGAAAAAAAAGUGUCCGAAUCUGCAGUGUGCUCGUGACAUGCGGAAGUAGAAAAGUUGUGCGAAGACGAGGUUAGUGCAGAGGCAGACGGCGGCCAAGAUGUCCGUGAUGGGCAAACGACAGCACUGCUACCUGUGCGACCUGCCGCGGAUGCCGUGGGCCAUGUUGCACGACUUCAGCGAGGCCGUUUGUCGCGGCUGCGUCAACUACGAGGGCGCCGACCGCAUCGAAAUCGUCCUGGACACGGCGCGCCAGAUGAAGAGGGCCCACGGCUUCCAGGAACAGGCGGCCGCUGGCCGCGAGAUCCGGCCCCAGCCGUCGGCCUCGGCCGGCCCGGCCCUCUCGCACGCCGCCUCCGAGAGACAGGCGGCCAAACACCGCCACGAGGCGGCCAACGGCGUCAUGGAGCAGCCCGUGCAGAUGCUGAACCCGCCUCCGCACGGGAUGGCGCGGCCGCCGCCCCACGCCUAUGCCCAGCUGCACCACGAGCGUGGCCGCUCGGCCGCCGACUACCCCGGCGGCCCCUCGUUGCCGCCCCCGCGCUCCGAGCACGAGGCCGCCGGCCGCGUCGGCAUCGCGGCCCAGGUCAGGCUGCCCACGCAGGCACACAUGUCGGCGGCCGUGGCCGCCGCGGCCGCCGCAGCCCACAUGCAGCAACAACAGCAGCAGCAACAACAACAACAACAGCCCAUGAACGGCGGCCGGCAGCCGACGGCCGUCAAACGGCCGCCGGCCGACGACGAGGAUCACCACCACAACGGCGCAGAGGUCAUGGGCCCGGUGCACAAAAGGUUGCUGGUCGAGGAGCAGCACCAGCAGCGGCCACCCCUGCAGAGGGGCGAAUCCUUACCCGCCGUCAGCCUCGCCGUGCCCUACAUCGAACGCUCCUACAAGCAGGAAAAACACCCUGUCAGGGCGCCGUCCUUCGACACGGCCACCUCCUUCAAAACCGGCUACCCUGCCGGAGUGCCGGUGGCGAGUUCGCCGUUGAGCGGCCGCACCACUUCGCCGCCUCAGGGACCAGCUCAGGGUGGCCCGAGCGGGGCUUCGGCGGCCGCGUCGGCCCAACAGGCGCAGCAGGCCGGGCAGCCGCAGGCCCCGGGCCAGCCGCAGCAGCAGGGCCAGAACGGGCCGUCGCCCAUGGCCGCCCUCAUGUCCGUGGCCGACAACCUGCCCCCAGGGUCGCCCAGGUCGGGCGCCAGUCCCCCCACGGGACCGCGGUCCGCCUCCAGAGGGUCGCAGCACUCGCCCAAUUCUUCAGCGGGUUCCUCUAGCGGGCGACGCUCUUCUGGCUCGAGACACGUGAGCUCCACGACCGCCACUCCCGCCGACGCGGCCACCGACCCCAACGCACAGGCCAUGCCGGCCGCCCCCGCAGGACCUGACGCCGCCGCCACCGCGGCCGGCGGGGCCACCCUCAAGUGCACAAUCUGCAACGAGCGACUCGAGGACACACACUUCGUGCAGUGCCCUUCUCAGCCGCACCACAAAUUCUGCUUCCCCUGCUCCAGGGACAGCAUCAAGCGCCAGGGCGCCGGUUCCGAGGUGUAUUGUCCGAGUGGCGAGAAAUGUCCUUUGGCCAACUCGAACGUGCCCUGGGCGUUCAUGCAGGGCGAGAUUGCCACCAUCCUCGGCAACGACGACUUCAAGGUGAAGAAGGAGCGCGAGUCUUAAGCCUCAGGCCGCACUCGUUGGAUCAAACUUGUAAAUUAGUCCCGACGGGGGACGUUAUAGCAGAGAAAGGCUCGCUCGUCGAAUUGUACAGGACAGUGUUGUCUGCCGCGCGGCGUUAAAGUUGUUGGAAGUCUCCGUGAGGCCCCUGCUUGUUCGCAGGGCGCCGCGGAAGGCGUUGUAAAUUGGAAGAAGAAAAAAUAAUGUAUAAACUAAUUGUCGGGGGGCGCAAACCCACCCCCGAGAUGCUCUGAUUUCUCUUUCUAAUUAAUUUUCAUCAUGGUACAAACACACAAACAAACUUUGACCCCUUUCUAAGUUGACGAUAGUGAUUAAGUGAAAAUCAGUUUAAAUUUAAAUGCUGGACGAAUUAUUGUUGCAAUUAAAUUUUUCCAAGCCAAACACCUUCCUCGUGAAGAAGUGAAAAAAAAAAAUUAUUAAUGAAUCAGUCAUGCAAGCAUGUGAAACACGUUUUAUAGACUGACUUUUCUAUAUGUAUUUCGUCGAA